GCGAGUCGCCAUCGGAACAGACCAUUUACCAAUCAUCCCUCGAAGAGUAUAGUACCUUCUUAACCGAGAGACUGGUCGUGAUAAGAUUAGAGGAGACAGCGACAUAUUUUUCACGAUACGUCGUACCGACGCUGCCUUAUAAGGCACGGGAUCUUAGCUGGGCAGGCUUUCAAUAAAUCUUGCCUCCGCGGGGAACGAGGCAACCUGUUCGGCUCUUCACCUCCGAUUAGCUCCAAGGAACAGUAAAGGAGAUUGGUGUUCGCACAAAAUUUUUCUUCCGCUCACAGCAGGAGCUACAAUGUCGAUCAUGAGAUUCCUGCUACCACUGGUACUUGUCUUGGCGACCUGUUGGGCACGUGAUCCUAUUUUCGAGGAAGUACAACCAGUAAUCUUCGAUUAUACUCAAGAGAUCGACUAUAAAUUGCCUCCUUCUGGUGUACGACCUACUAACUAUGAGAUCACUUUGCAACCAUAUUUCGAUGUUAAAGGAAAAGAGUUUAGUUUCGAUGGAAACGUUAAUAUUACUCUCGAUCGAGAGGAGUUGGAGACAAAAGCUAUAACAUUACAUUACGCCGCGAAUCUAACGAAUAUUGAAGCGGUUUUGCAAUAUUACUCGACUGUGGAAAUAGCACCCUUGGAAGAUAAUGAAUUGCAAAUAAACACAACAAUCAAAAGAAUAAAGCCAACUAAUAUAACCUAUGAAUCACAUACAAAUUUCAUAACACUCAAUUUUGAAGAUAAUAUUCCUUUGCCUAGCGUGGCUGAAAAUUUUACUUUAGCUUUGAGUUACACUGGAACCUUGAUACACGAUGAUCUAUAUGGAUUUUAUAGAAGUUCUUACGGAGAAGGGGAUGAUGAAGAAUGGCUUGCAACAACCCAGUUCGAGCCUAUAUACGCAAGAAGAGCCUUUCCUUGCUGGGACGAACCGGACAUAAAAGCAACAUUUGACAUCAUUAUUAAACACCCAUCGGAUUAUACGGCAAUCUCGAAUAUGGGGGAAAAACCGAAGAAAAAAGAUACAAAGAAGAAGGGAACACAAGACAAUAAUGACAUAGUAGAAACGCGAUUCGAAACGACACCAAAAAUGUCCACCUACCUCGUGGCAUUUGUAAUUUCAAAAUUCAAUGAUAACUCAAAUAGUGAUAAAGAUUUUACUAUAUGGACGAAACCCGGUGACGAAGACAGCACAGAAUUUGCCUUGGAUAAUGGACAAGAAAUAUUAGUGGAAUUGGAGUCUUAUACCAAUAUUAAAUACUACACAUCUUUGAAGCCAAACGAAAAUUCAAUGCAUAUGUCGAAGAUGGAUCAAGUUAGCAUCCCCCAAUUUCCGGCAGGUGCUAUGGAGAAUUGGGGUCUGGUGACGUACAGGGAACCUCUUCUUCUCUCCAUGGAAAAUGUUACAUCCACGCGAGGCAUACAAGAUACAAUGACAGUGAUAGCUCAUGAGUUUGCUCAUCAAUGGUUUGGCAACUUGGUGACUCCCAAGUGGUGGAACCACAUCUGGCUGAGCGAAGGCUUUGCCACAUUUUUCCAAUAUUUCAUCCCCGACAAUAUACAAGGCGAGGAGUGGCGUCUUAUGGACCAAUUUGUCAUCAAGGUUAUGCAAGGGUCUGCAUUUGUCACCGACGCAAGUGCCGUGACUCAUAGUUUGGAUCAAGACGCGCCGUCUCCUGAACAAAUUCUACACUUGUUCGACAAUAUCGCCUAUAAAAAAGGCGCUUGUGUUAUUCGCAUGAUGCAACAUGUCCUGACGGAAACCCAUUUCCAAAAUGCACUCAAACAAUAUCUCAAAAAUAACAUGCACGAAUCUGUUUCACCUAAAGAACUGUACAAAGCCAUGCAGGAUGAAAUUGAUAAAAAUACAAAACCAAAAAUUGAAACACCAGUGGAAAUUGAAAUCAUUACAAACUCUUGGGUAACCCAACCGGGAUAUCCUGUUAUUACAGUAAAAAUAAAUAACAAAACUGGUGAUGCGACAAUAACCCAGCAACGAUUCUUCCUGUCGGGACCCUCGUCGGUAGAUAAAACCAAAUGGUACAUACCAAUUAACUAUGUCACGCAAGAAGACCCCGCAAUCAAGGAUACGGCAACCAAGGCAAAGGCGUGGUUGGAAUCGACAAAAUCAUCGACUUCUAUAAAAAAAGUCGUGAAAGAUAAAGAUAAAUGGGUGAUUUUCAACAAUCUUCAAACAGGAUAUUACCGCGUGAAUUAUGAAGAGUCUAAUUGGAAUUAUUUGGCGGCAUACUUGAACACGGAUAACUACAAUAACAUCCACCCGGUCUCUCGCGCCCAGCUGAUCGACGAUUCGAUGAAUCUCGCGCGCGCAGGAUACUUGUCGUAUACUAGCGCGUUGCCGAUUACCAAUUACCUUCACAGGGAAACCGACUACAUCCCAUGGUACGCGGCUUUCAGAGCUUUCGAUUACUUGGAUCGCAAUUUACAAGGCAUGAAGAACUAUGAAAAUUUGCAGAAUUAUAUUGUUCAAAAGCUGAAUGCAUAUGCGAAUAUGGUCGAGUUCACGGACACGCCGAAAAACACCACGUAUUUCUAUCAACUCGGCAGAGAAUUGGCGCUUGAAAUGUCUUGUACAUACGGAUUCGAAGAAUGCUUGAAAUACACGCAGCAAAGGCUCAGUACGUGGCUCAGCGACAACAAGAACGAAUUGCCCGUAGACUUGCAAUACGGAAUACUUUGCGCCGGAGUACGACAAGCGGACCAAAAGACAUGGAACACGACUCUGGAGAAGUACAAGAACAGCACAGAUCCCAAUGAGAAAGUGAUGAUCUGGAACGCUCUUGGUUGCGCUCAACAUAAGGAAGUCAUACAGACCUUCCUCGAGGUAUCGCUCCAGGAUAAGAUCGAAGACAUCGAUAUUUUCGACACAAUAAACAUAAUUGCCACAAAUAACUAUAAGUCCUUCGACGUAGUCAUGGACUUCAUAUUUGAAAAUAUCGAGGAGAUUUAUGAGAAGGACAACGACACGUUGAAGCUUACCGCAAAUGUCAACCAACUCUCUUCUCAGAUCAUUAACAACGAACAGUACGGCAAGAUGUUGCUUCUCGCAAUACGGGGACAUAUUCAGGUUGAUCACAAUUUUCCGGGAUGGUUCAAAGGAAAAGAGAAUCUUGACUGGAUCGAGAGGAACCAACAGGUGAUUUCUAAAUGGGUGGAAGAAAAUUACCACCCACCCAAAGGUGGAAAUGGGAACUCCGCAACUUCCAUCACUUCGAUGUCGUUCCUCAUGGUGAUCUCAGUACUGAUCGCACGAUUCUAUUAAAAACAUCAAGUAAUACACCUCGCGGCAGGCACGCUCACGCGCGCAAUUCCUCUGUCGCGCUGCAAAACCUUCGACCGACCGAUCGAGUUGAACCCAUCGAACUUUCACGAUCUCACCGGCGUUCUCGGCCUCACCAAGAACGAUUUGGCUGCAGAGACAUACGUCACACGUGGCGUCGACGUCGAGAGCGAAAUUGGAAUUUCUCGCGGGUGUAUCACACCUUACCAAUCUUACAUCAGUCGCGAUUUCAAGUUGUGGCUCGAUGCACACGUGGCAAAAUUUAGAGGAAAUUAAAGACGUCCUCGGAUGAACGUCGUCCGAAACGUCACGACAUAUUCGCCGACGAGUCACGGCUCGGAAAUCAGGUCCAUUUUGCACACCGUAGGAUUGACAAAAUUAAUGCCGUAUAAUUAUAGUUACAAAUUUUAAUACAUAUAAUAUAUAAUUAUGUGAUUAUGUACAAUACGAUUGUAAAUACAUGCUAUUUAUACCACCUA